GAUGCGUUGGUGUGCGUGGAACAUCUCUUUCUUUUGUAGAGCGAGCGAGCGAGCGACAAAUCAGCAAUACUAGCAGAGUUGAAAGUGGAGAGAAGCGUAGAUGGGUACCCCAGGCAAGCUCAAAUCCUCAAGCUCCGAAUUGGACCUCGAUCGACCCAACAUCGAAGACUACCUCCCUUCCGGAUCCUCCAUCCACGAGCCCCUCGCCAAGCUUCGCCUGCGUGAUUUGCUCGACAUUUCGCCUACUUUAACCGAGGCCGCAGGAGCCAUUGUUGAUGACUCAUUCACACGAUGUUUCAAAUCGAUUCCUCCAGAACCUUGGAACUGGAAUAUUUAUCUUUUUCCAUUGUGGUGUUUUGGAGUGGUGUUUCGAUAUUUUGUUUUAUUUCCUUUGAGGGUUAUAGUGUUGACCAUAGGUUGGAUUAUAUUCCUCUCUGCCUUCAUCCCUGUGCAUUUUCUUUUGAAAGGGAACGACAAGUUAAGGAAAAAUCUUGAGAGAUGCUUGGUGGAGUUAAUUUGCAGCUUCUUUGUUGCAUCUUGGACUGGAGUUGUCAAGUACCAUGGGCCACGGCCUAGCAUGCGGCCUAAGCAGGUUUUUGUGGCUAAUCAUACUUCCAUGAUUGAUUUCAUCAUCUUAGAACAGAUGACUGCGUUUGCUGUUAUUAUGCAGAAGCAUCCUGGAUGGGUUGGAUUACUGCAAAGCACUAUAUUAGAGAGCGUAGGAUGUAUCUGGUUCAAUCGUUCAGAGGCAAAGGAUCGUGAAAUUGUAGCGAGGAAGUUAAGGGAACAUGUUCAGGGGGCUGACAAUAACCCACUUCUCAUAUUUCCUGAAGGAACUUGUGUAAAUAACCAUUACAGUGUUAUGUUUAAAAAGGGCGCAUUUGAACUUGGCUGCACUGUCUGUCCAGUCGCAAUCAAGUACAACAAGAUAUUUGUUGAUGCUUUCUGGAACAGUCGAAAGCAAUCCUUCACUAUGCAUUUGCUGCAACUUAUGACUUCCUGGGCGGUUGUUUGUGAUGUGUGGUACCUGGAACCACAGAACCUGAAGCCUGGAGAGACACCUAUUGAAUUUGCUGAGAGGGUCAGGGACAUAAUAUCUGUUCGAGCUGGUAUUAAAAUGGUUCCUUGGGAUGGAUAUCUGAAGUACUCACGCCCUAGCCCAAAACACAGAGAGCAGAAGCAACAAAGCUUUGCAGAGUCGGUGCUUCAGCGACUAGAGGAGAAGUGAUGUCCUUUUCUUUUUGUUGUUAGUUGUAUUAACUCCAAUUAAGUGUAACGCUGUGUAAUUGAUCUCGUUUAUUUAAAAGUACCUUCAUCCUUUACACAUUUAGGUGCUGGUGUUAUUUACAUAUUUAGGUACAGAUGUGUUUAGACUUUGGAUGAUAUUUUAGGAACAAAUGGUGAGAAUAAUAGGUUUUACCAUGAGAAUAAAAUGAGUAUUCUGAGGAAGUAUUGAAUGUUUGCA